UUACACUACAAUUAAGUAGUAGAUCGGUUCAUGGCGAACAGACAGAGGUAACCUAGAACCUUUCGCGAUUAUUUCGUAGAGAGUAGAGUUGUUUUGGUUCAACCUGAUGGCUCAACCAAUGAAUGCACAUUGGACUUCCUCUGUCCAGCCACUCUGUACUCCUAGUCUGACAGCGCUUCAAGGCAUUGUGUCAACCGGGCGGCCUUGUUUGUUUGGAGGCUGUGCCAGCGGCGGCCACUGGUCAUGGUUGGCACGAAACUCUGUCCUAGAAGUUGUCGACAAUGUCACAGGAAACAGACGUUCAGCUUUCCAAUUUGGCCGUGCAAUCGGUGCCAAUGAUGUACAGAUUACAUGCAUCAAGGAGUACAGGUACAAGGAUGCUACUAGCCUUAUAGUUGGACUGAAGACAGGUUCCAGUGAUGGAAUGCUGUGCAUAUUUGACCCCCGCACCUCCAAAGUUGUCCUGGCUGUUGAUAUUCCUCAGGGUGUAACAUCAGUUGAGCCUGUAACCUCCGAAGGUGGCCUCAAAGCUCCAAACUUCGCAUUGGGGGACCAUCUCCGCCUCUUUUUUGGCAUCAUCGCUGUGGGAACAGAAGGGGGCCACACCUACCUCCUGGACGUACGAGUGGACGAUGGUGACUGCUGCGAUGAGGUUACGGCCAGGGGAUCAAAGGUCAUAUCGCCUAGGUCGACAGAUGUUGGGACAAUCCGAGAGAAGGCAACUAGGAAAGGGGAGCACGUAUGUCUACAUUUGGACGAGGACAGUCACUCCUUCCGGUCAUUCAACUUCAGGAAACCAGACCACUCCGUUUUGAAGAGCUUCUACCCAAGUGAAGUGUCUGUUACUAGUCUGUCGUAUCUCAAACAGACUGGUUCCUUGGUCAUCGGCUUCAGCUUUGGUUGCUUCCAGCUGUGGGAGUUGUCGGUGCCAGUGCUGGAAUACAGCAGCACCAUAUCAACACAGCCUUCCCCAGUCACCCACUUUGCCUACCAGGAACCAGAGGAUGACCCUGAGAAUUUUGGUUACCUGUGGGUGGGGCGAGGACCACAGGCCACAGAUGUUGACCAAGAUGUCCCGACCAAUCUUCAUCUCUUUCAACUGAUGUAUACAAAGAAAGAAGUCCAUGACAACUACGGACACCUCUACAAAGAGUUGAUCAGCUGUGAAGCCCGGUUCCUCCACAGCCUCACCGUGGAUCCAUUCAACGUUGUGAACCAGGCCUCAGAGGGCAGUCGCAUCAUAUCUUGCUUCCCACUGGCCAGAGAGAUCGCACCAGGUGCCAUCAAGCAGGAAGACUCCACUUGUGAUGAAGAAGGUGACCAUCUGGACAUUGGUCUUGCAGUCUUUGUGUGGGAGGCACGAUCUGACCCAGCAGAUGGGCCGGAGACCAGUAGCUGCUUUCUGGGUCUGUUUGAUCUGAAUCGUUGGUACCAUGCACAAAUGCCCAAAGCAGUAAGGAUGUUGCCAGGGAAACAAGGGUGCUCCUUCUUUGCUUUCUAUUCCUUGGACUCCAUCCUUCAGGCUGCAUCUCCAGACUUCCUCACGGACCUGCAUGUCAACCCAGCGUCCGUUGUUCCCUACGUCUCCUCACACGUACCAGCUCCAGAGCUACACUUUCAACCCUCAGCACUCAGCUUCGAUGUUGUCUGUCUUAUGGAAGCCGGGCUGGUCUCAGCUAAGUUUCUGGGACAACAGAAACAGGUGUUGGCAGAUCUUUGUCAGCAAGGACCUCCAGCCUUGCGAGAGCCCAAGUUCUUCUUCACCCGGUGCUGGCUGGCUGGACUGCUUCCGAAGAAAUAUACCUCAGACCAGGGACCAGCCAAUGCCACGGCUCAAGAUCAACGUGAGGCUUUACUUACUGUCGCUGUGGAGCACAACAUGGUCAACUUUGUCAUUCAGUGUAUCAACAGCUGGACUCAUGGAGAUUUUCCCUCCGGUUGUAAUCUGAGAACCAUCCUUGAUUGGGCAUGGGGACUGGUAACCAGCAUUAAACAGUCUAUUGACCACAUAUGUGUUCCAUUUUACAAUGGUGAAGGCACCCAUGUGGAUGACAGGAAUCGACGACUGCUAGACCAGAAUGCAGUGCGCUUAGGUCACAUGAUCACCAUCAUCCAGUCGCUGCUUGACCAAUCAGCAACCACUACAGAACAAGGUUUGAAGGAUCUGGAAACCAAAUGUAACGUCGUGACCCUCAUCCAUCAACAUCUUAAAGCUGUCAUUUGGUUUGUUAGGAGUGGACUGCUCCCAGAGUGUCUAGAUGAGCGCGAUCUCUUGGAGGGCCAGUUCUACUAUCCGGCCGCCAGUCUGAGGAAGAUUUAUGCUCGGAGAAGGUUACAACUCCAGAAAAUGUGCCUGAAUACUAGCAGUGAGAGCAAUAUCUUGAUGAUCGACGGCCUUGUCGCAGAGAUCGGCUCCAAGCUCACCGCCCUCUGGGAUCGUAAGGAGGAGGGAGGCACUGGGUUGUACCCGCCCCCAAGUUUUCACGCCCUGCUAGACAUGUAUUUGGUUGACACUGUUCCCGUGGUAACCAAGCAUUGCAUUGUGGGAUACUUCCUGAUGGAUGUUCUUCAUGUGUCGCCAUUGCCAAGUACACAAAAAGAAGAGCUUGGCAGGAGGAUCGACAAAUUUUUUCAAAGUUUUUCCCUUCCUCUUGGUGUGAUAAAACUCCUACAUGGCUUCUCGCUGCUUGACAGGAGAGAAUUUGAUAACGCAAUUGACAUGCUCCUUGACCCCACCACGACCCUUGAACUUGCCCCGUGGCAACACCGCCACAUCAUCAAAGCCCUCCUGUACCAGGGCGAGAGCAAGAAAGCCUUGCAGUAUGUCCGGACGGCCCGUCCACCCCUCACCACCAGAGAUGAUGUCAAGCUCUACCUGACGGUACUCCUUGCAAAUGGUUUGACCGCUGAGGCAUUCCACUUCCAACGACAGUAUCGAGAUGAAGCCAACACAGAGGAGUUACUUACUCAUCUCAUUCUGGGCUCUCAACAAACCAAGACAGUGGACCAGCUUCUCAAACUUCCCUUCGAUGACGAGGAGGAGGCAACCCUGGAGCGAUACCUGCAAGAGUCCACUGAGCCUAAUUCACAGGAAUUACUCGUCAUGCACUUCCUCCAGCGGGCACGCUACGUGGAGGCUGUACGGCUGAAUGAGAAACUCAAACAAGAAGGACUCAUGGCCGACAUGGAUCCAGCUGCCCGAGAGAGGGCGACAGCCAGGAAUGCCAUCGUUGAAAGCUAUGCAAGGCUUCUCCCCCCAGUCCAACGCAGAUUGGCCUUUGGCCCAGAAACGUCCACCAAGAGAACAACUCUCAUCCGCAGAGAGAUCAGCAGACCCAAACCUCUGUCUGCUGUUAUCAAUCCAGCCAAGACGUCUAAAGUGCUCUCCAAUGCCAUGCUCAUCAAUGCUGUGCUAGAGCGCAUUGCAGAGGCGAGGGUCCAGACCAAGCAGGAAGAAACACCAAUAAAAAUGAGUGUUGCUGAGGAGCUGGAAGAUGAUUUGCCUUCAAUGGAACCUUUUGUGGGCACUCCCAUCACCCCACGAGCAAAAUCAAGAUUUGGUGAAAUGUCCAGCGUUAUCUACCCUGAGGUCACAGGGCGGGACAUCAGCCCCUGGAAACGUCAACCAUCACCAACGAAGACACGGCCCUACCUGCAAACGCUGGCUGGAGAUACCUCGAUCAGGGUCACAGAGAAGUUUGCAAGCAUUUCCAAAGCUCCAGCAAACUACACCAGUGCCUCUGCUCUCUCUUUGCUUCAGACGCCUUCCGUUACAAGGACUCCCAGCAAAGUGAGGAAUGACGGGACACCGUCUACGCGCUCAAUACCAUCCAUACUCAAAGUGCGGAGUACCAGCCAGCGAAUUACCACUGAAGUCAGAGAGGACAAAUCCAAGAAAAAUGUCUCUAGAACCAAAUUUGAAAUAGACCUUCCGACGCCCCCAUCUCUGACAAAGAGUGCAUAUGCCAAGCCAUCAGAACACCAAUCUGACAAACCUCCUGGUUUGCCCAAGCGGAUCAGCUUUGCAGACGACACGAAAGCCAGAACACCAUCUCCAGUAGCUGUCAAAAUUGAACCAAGCCCGAUGGACACAGAAGCUUCAUUUGACACACCACCCCCUGUUGAGUCGCCCUCUGUUUACCCCAGCCUUAAUGACCUAAUGUCCCAACCCUCUGUGCAGGCUUCUCUAACCCUUGCACAGCCCUCCCCACCCCUUGGGAAACCUUCCCCACUGUCGGGGCAAGCAUCCCCACCCAUGGGGCAAGCAUCCCCACCCCUUGAGCAGAGUUCCACCAGCCCUGAGCAAAGCACCACGUCAGACCAACCCACUCCACCUGGACUUCAAUCCCUCACCCAGCAGUCAGCUGACUUCCCGAAUGCAGCCACCACCCAAGGGGGAUUUGAUGUAUCGCUAGACGUGUCACCCAGUGUACGAACAAGUCCCCCUACAGAGAAAUUUGAAAUCACAUCGGGAACAGGAAUGUUAGUUGAUGAUGAGAUCACAUUUAAUUUUGGAACACUCAAGAAUUUGGAGGGAGAAAUGGAUAUGGAAGAUCUAGCAACAACUGAGGAAGAAUCUCCAGAGAAGUCGCAGUAUCAGAUGUCAUUUGCUGCUGAUUUUAAUGUGGAAGAUGAGGAUGUAGGUGAAAUGGCAGAUGAACAAGAGGAUUUGGAAGACGCAGAAGAAGAACAGGAAGAUGAGGAACUCAGACCAUUAACAAAAAGUGAUCUGAUCCCCUCACCACGCCCGCCAUUGAGACGCAUGGCCCCUGACACAGCCACGCCCCGCUCCAUACCCACAACUUCUCACUUCACUCCGUCGCUGCUGCUUUUGAGACAGCCCAGCCCAUCGCCCCCUCUAACUCAGAAGGAGGAGGACGAUUUUGUCACUCCUCAACAGACUCCGGAGAAACCAGAUGCAGGGAUGGAGUUCCCUUCCCCCUCGCCUCCUUUGCCUACCACUGAGGAGGGAAGGGAAUCCUUGUCCAAUUUUUCUGAAGAUGCUGGAGAGGACUCUGAGGAGAAACUUGGGGCAGAGUCUGUUGAAAUCCAGACCUCGCCCAUGGACCUAAUCGCCUCGACGGAACACCAGGAGAUGUCGGUGCAGACCACUCCCGGGCUGGCCCUGCGACAGGGUGGGGCCACUCCAGUCAGGGUCCCAUUUGAGGCGUCACUAGUGUCCUCCCUCCUCCAGCAGGAGCCCAUGACUCCGCCCACCAGUGGGGAGGAGACGGCUGCGGAGUCUUCAUCGUCGGAGCAAGUUGCCAGCCAAGACGAGGGACAAACAGUACCAGGUACCCAGCCUUCUGAGGAGAUGGAUGUUGCCAUGGAAACCUUGGAGGCGGAGGAGGUUCAAAUAAAAAAAGAGCCCGUGCAAAAGAAACGAGGGCGAAAGAGCACUCAAUCCACUCCAGCCCUGUCCUUCAUUUUCUCCCCACCCCACACCCGUUCCCGGACGGGCACACGACGCCACACCCAGAAGAUCAUACAGGAGGUCAUGACCCCUUUGGCUCGCCCCAUGACCCAAACUCCCCUCCUACCCACGGUGGGGCCCACUCCCAGCUUAGAUCUGACUUCCUCCAGCAUCGGAGGCAGUGCUCAAAGCAGGGGUGCCACUCCUAGCUCAGCCCCGGGAACCACAAGAAGGGGAAGGAGGAGCCACACGCCAAAACUAGACACCUCGGAAACAACAGGGAGCACCCGCGUUACACGCAGGAGUGUCACCCCUGUGGUGAAGUCUGAGCAGAAGGCUAAGUCAGCGGAACUGGGGGGACCAGUUACAAGGUCUAGAAGGUCCCUAGUAACUCCGCACCAAUCACCAACAAACAGCCCAGUGGCUCUCCUCUCCCCAUUGGAGGAAGACAUGGACACAACACAAACAACCAAACCAAGCCGGCCCAAGAGAGUUGUACGUAUCGCGCCCCACAGCAUGACACUGCGAACGCCACAGGAACGCAAAACACGCUCUCGCAACAUCAAACUGUGGUAAUAUUGCAUUAGUGUUACUUUGAGUAAGGUAAUAUUUUAGAAAUGAAAUUUUGUUGGCAUUAAGAUUAUUUCAGUGAUGAACCCUCAUGGUUCAGUUGCAGUUAAUUUUUUUGUUAACAAAGCAAACCUGCAGUGGUGGGAUUUGAACUUAACACCAUCUGAAUAGAGGGCUUUCACGUGACGUAACAUGACGGGAAAAGGCAUUUCAGGAAGCACACCGUGUUUGUGGAGGUGCGUGCAUUUUCAAAUCUGAGCAUUUCUUGUGGCAGUUUCAUGUACACUUGAAUGAUGAGAGACUUCAAAGGCAUGCACAUUUCUGCGCACAUCCAUGUAAAUUCAAUGCUGACUGUCAAAAAUCGGGAAACUGAAAAUCCCCCAUACCACACUGGGAUUACUGGCCAAAAAGAGAUAUUGGCACAAUGGGUUAUCGUUGGUGGGAGACAGAUUGGGCUAAGACUUGAAACCAUUGCUACCGCAAUGCUCAAUGCCCCAGCAAAGACCCUAGAGACCUUUUUCACUUACGUGACUGGAUUGCACUAAAUGUAAACAAUACCACCAGGUGUGGAUCGCCUUGGCCAAGGUGAUGGCAUAUAUUCCUACGGGCAGCUUCAACCACGUGCAAAUGCGAACGCUGCAUGCUUGACUAGUUUAUCUUGAACAGGUAGAUUACCAUCACAACACUGCACUCCUGACCAUCGCAACACAUGGCGGUCCAGCACGGUUGUGACAUCACAGGAAAAAGGUCUAUUGGUUUCUGUGUGUAUUUAGAUGGCAUAUUCUGUACACUGCAUGUAGGGAAUGGCACACAGUGUGUUGAAUAGACCGCGACGGGGCACUGUCGGAAGGGAACAAAACUGCCUCGCACCCCACACACAGUCCGUAGGGUGUUGCUGUUGAAACAGCACCGGUAUAGCUUUUCAGAGGGUGAAAAUUCUCUCACUUCUACAAUUUUGUUUGUUAAAUGGAAAAAUUGAACUCAACUUUUUUUGUCAAGUUGUGCUGGAUUUGUCAGGUAAAAAUGGACUGGAGAGGGGGGGAUGUGGGGGCUGUCGUUGAUGGAAAUGUGCACUUGUCUUGCUCAAGAUGGCCUGUACAGGAAUGCUCCAAUGUGUUCUCAAGUGGAAAGAUUCAGAUGUUGGUUUGAGCCCUAUGCCAAGAGUAUGGAGAAGAAAUAUGACCAUCAAGUUGUCACCAAAAGUUGUUUUCUGUGAACCUGACUAUAUAUAUGGUCACAUCCAUUGGAAACUUGGAAUGGUUAUUGCAAUAUAAGCCAUGGAUUAAAAAUAAUUGGUGACCAGAGCGAAUGUCUCGGUUGGUACGGCUUCGGGCAAAAUGUUUCCUUUUAGUUCUUGUUGACUAGUCUAUAAUCAGAUAGAUACUCAUGCACGUACAUGUAUUGAUUCAUUUUCUGUUUUUGCUGUCAAAAUGUCAGAAAGAAUGAAAUGACUUUCUAGAAAUAUGUGUACAUGUUGAUUAACUAAAAAUAACCUUUACUAUGCAUACAUGUUUUCUGAAACAAAAAUUGCCCUGUGCUGAUAUCAUUUUGUUGUAGAAGUUCUUCACAUGGUGUUAAUAAAAAUUAACUUGUUUACAAGGUAGGAUUAUAAAUUAAUUUUUAUGCGAAAUGAUUGAUAUUUUCUUAUAAGUUUUGUAAAACCUGCCUUUGUGCUAGUGCGUUAUUCCACAAACCUACAUUAUAAUCAAACAGGAUGACAAAAUAAAACAGCUGGCCUUUAAUCAAAAC